AUGAAUAGCCACCUUCUUCCUUUCCCAUAUAACCAGUCACAACCACCUACUCGGCUAGAUCGCAUAUUUCAACCCAUUCUCAAUGCCUUCUUGGGCGGGUCCCACAAGCGUGUUCCACAAAAACCAUCCACAGUGCGGGCCGAGAUCGCACUUCUUGGAGAUGGCUCUCCAAUCCGCAUAAUAUGCAUCUCGGAUACACAUAAUCUGACACCGCCCCUUCCGCCAGGCGAUAUCCUGAUCCACGCCGGCGAUCUGACCCCCCACACUCAUAAGAUUGUUAUCGCGGGAAACCAUGAUAUAAUUCUGGAUGAGACACUCGACGGAAAGCUGUUUUCGCACCAGCAAAACGGGAACUUUGGAGACAGGUCUGACUCUUCUGAGCAGCGCGGAAGCUUGGACUGGGGCCACAUCCAUUAUCUCAAAAAUGAGGCAGUCACACUCCAACUGCUUGUCCCUGGUCUCGGGGCACAGCAAGUGCGACAGGUGAAGAUAUUCGGUUCUCCGCUUACACCUGAAUUUGGAUCAUGGGCCUUUCAAUACCCGGCAAUUCGUGAUGUUUGGACUGAGCAUAUUCCGGAUGAUACACAAAUUGUGGUUGUCCAUUGUCCUCCAGCCUUAUAUGGAGACUGCGAUGGGGAGGUUGGACACGAUGGGAAGAUCAAGGUAAAGGGUGACGGAUACUUGCUACGUGAAAUAAGAAGGGUGCGGCCUAAAUUUGGUGUCUGUGGGCACAUUCAUGGUGCAUUUGGGACAAGUUUGAUCGAGCAUCAUGGAACUCAAGAAGCUAGAGACAGAUUGCGGCUGCAGUGGAGCGCAUAUAGUAUACUCAAUGUCUUGAACAGGUCCUUAUGGAAAAAAUUCACUGGGAAGGGGGUGCAAGAGACACUUGUUGUAAAUGCUGCUGUGGCGCCUGGCAAUUCAGAAACCCAGGCUAAAAGCCCUGUCGUCAUCGGUUUUAAUGUAUAG